CAUGUGAUAAAUAUUGGAAAUACAUAUCUGUGAAUUAUUUAUUCAGCUAGGAGGAGGCGCUGAGGUUGCUAUGAUGUGUGACAUGAUCUAUGCUGGCGAUAAUGCUCAGUUUGGUCAACCAGAAAUACUACUGGGCACAAUUCCAGGUGCCGGAGGUACUCAAAGACUUACCAAGGCCAUCGGCAAGUCUAAAGCCAUGGAGAUGGUAUUGACAGGGGACCGUAUCUCAGCCGAGGAAGCACAGAGAUCAGGUCUAGUAAGCAAAGUUUUCAAAAAAGAAGUUGUUCUCGAUGAAGCCAUCAAAACAGCUGAGAAGAUAGCCAGCAAUUCCAAACUAGUGGUUGCCAUGGCAAAGGAGGCGGUCAACACUUCCUUUGAGACUACACUCAGUGAGGGACUUCAUUUUGAAAAGAGGAUUU